AUGAUACGUACGAGAGUAGCAAGGGAAAUCGUCCAUCAUAUCGAGCAAGGCGAGUGGACGGCAUCGCAAGUCCUUGAUGCCUACAUAGCGCGUUCAUUAAUAGCCCAACGGAUGACACACUGCUUGACUGAAGUCAUGUUUGAGCAAGCCCGAGCGGAUGCAUUGGCUCUUGACAAGGAGUUCGCCAUAUCGAAGACGCUGAAAGGGCCGUUACAUGGCGUUCCGGUUAGCUUUAAGGAUUUGUACAACGUCAAGGACAUUGACUCCACGAUGGGAUAUACGUCCUAUGCUGACAAGCCGCAAGCAGAAGAUGCCAGCCCAGUGGAGGCCAUACGCGCCGCAGGAGGAAUUCCCUUCGUCAAGACAAAUCUGACACAGGGCUUGAUGUCCUACGAGACCGUGAAUCCCCUCUGGGGCCGCACCGUCAGCCCUCACGAUGCACACUUCAGCUCUGGAGGUAGCUCUGGCGGUGAGGGUGCACUGCUUGCGAUGGAUGGCAGUGCGUUAGGAUGGGGCACUGACAUCGGUGGCUCGCUCAGAAUACCCGCGGCGUACUGUGGCAUUUAUGCAUUCACACCUAGUCCGGGACGGAUCUCCAGGGCAGGCAUUACACGUCUAAACCGUACCUGGAUUCUUGGUGUUCCUGACGUCUUGGGCCCCAUAGCUCGCUCGAUAGACGACCUAGAGCUGGCCUGCCGGGUGGCAUUUGGACAAGAUAUGGACAUCAAUGACUAUGUGCAUGCCCCAGUGCCAUUCAAGGAUACACAGCUCGCAGAAGGGAAACUGCGAUUCGGAUACUACGUGGACGAUCAUUUUGUGAAGGCCUCCCCAGCUUGUGAAAGAGCUGUGCUGGAAACUGUAGAGGCACUGCGCCGAGAAGAGCAUGAAUGCGUCAAGAUCACGAUACCGCAGCGAAGCACAGCUUCGAAAGCAUUGGAACUAUUCGUGGAGCUCACGUCUGCUGAUGGCUUCCAGACUCUGGCAGAGCCUAACGGCUCUGAUCCGCUCGAACCUGAGCUCUACCUCAUUCUGCUGGCCCCGAAGUCAUUUGGUUGGUUGCGAUCGCUAGCAGCAUGGGCAACUAGACAGUUCCUCCGAGACGAGAUCUACGCCAAAAUCAUCAUGGCAUCGCGGAAGAAGUCCGUUCGCGAAUACUGGCGAAUUAGUGCGGAGCGAGACGCGUACGCCAGGUUGUUCUACAAAGAGAUAUGGGACAAGCAUGGUCUAGACGGUAUCAUUGCUCCCGUGCAUGCACUACCUCGGCUUCCUCAUCAUGCAACUCAACGUAUCGUUCCCCUAUCGGGAGCGACCGCACUAUACAACAUCGUGCAGUGUCCGGCUGGAGCUCUCCCUGUCACUCAUGUGGACGCUGCUCGAGACCAGCUCACAGCAGGGUGGACCGACCACCUGAGAAAACGAACGGCUGAAGGCCGGGGCUCGCCCUUUCUCGAAGGCUUUCUCUAUGGGAAGGGAGGCUGUUACGACGUUGAGAAAAUGGCCGGUCUCCCGGUUGGGAUUCAGAUUGCAGGUAGGAAGCUCGAGGAUGAGAAGGUGCUUGCGAUGAUGAGAAUUGUUGAUAAGGCGCUGGGCCCGAGGGGCUUUGGGCCAGGAAGUUGGAGUGGGCAGCGCGGUUCGACGGGCUGA